AUGUUGGCGGCUGUGCCCGAAUAUCAACGUCACGUCGAAACAAUUAUCGUUGUAAAUGAAAUUGAAGGGGAAGAUUGCGAAGAAACUACGGAGCCUACUUCUACAACUGAGUUUACUUCCACAACUAUGGAAACUUCCACAACUGACAUCACUACGGAAACAUCUACAACGGAAACUACAUCUGUAACAUCAGAGAUUACAACUCCAGCGAUGACUACAACAACUACUGAGAUAACAACUCCAGAAAUAACUACAACGGUGACUGAGAGAACUACAUCUGAAAUAACUACAACUUCCGAAGGAACUACAACUUCAGAGAUAAGCACAACUCCUGAGAUGACUACAACUCCCGAAGGAACUACAACUUCAGAGAUAAGCACAACUCCUGAGAUAACUACAACUCCUGAGAUAACUACAACUGAGAUAACUACAACUCCUGAGAUAACUACAACUCCUGAGAUAACUACAACUCCUGAGAUAACUACAACUCCUGAGAUAACUACAACUCCUGAGAUAUCUACAACUGCUAAGAUAACUACAGCUGAGAUAACCGCAGCAACUGAAGUUACUACCACACAUGAAAUUACAGCUCCUGAGACAACUACAGCUGAAACGCCACCGACAACUGCAACCCCAGAUAUGAUAGGUCCACCCGAUGAAACCGACGGUGAGAUUAUCAUCCAAAUCGACCAGACAAGUGAAAUGGAAGAUUGUGAUAAUAGUUCAUCUACUUACGUUCAGAGCGUCGUGAUUGAGAACGAAUACGACAUGGCCAGUCUCAAGAACGCCCUUCACAGAUUACAGGAAAGCGAGAAAAGCCAUUGUAUCAUUGAGACGGUUUACUCUCAAAACGCCUCUAAUUCUGAUAAUUCAUCCUGGUACUUCAUGGACGAGCAUGAGAUUGUGUGGAUGGAGAAAGAGCAGGAAUACGAAACUGAUGUCCACAUUGGACACGGGCUUCUGCUGGUCCUGCCGGUUCUCGCAGCCGGGGACUCCGUCGUGUACAUCGUUCUCUUCAGGACAUUUGUUGACGAACCUGCCAGUCCCAUCGUACAGAUCUAUCAAACUUUUGAGGAUGAGAAUGCAUCUCCUGAAACUACAACUUCCCAAACAUUUACAACUGAAGCCACAACUUCCGAAACGAUGUCUACAGUUUCUGAAACAACAUCUAUACAUCCUGAAAUUACAGCUUCAGUAACAUUUACAACUAAAAAAACAACUUCCGAAACUGCUGAGACAGAAACUGAAAUAACUUCAACUCCUGAGAUAACUACAACUGAGAUAACUACAACUCCUGAGAUAACUACAACUCCUGAGAUAACUACAACUCCUGGGAUAACUAGAACUGAGAUAACUACAACUCCUGAGAUAACUACAACUCCUGGGUUAACUACAACUGAGAUAACUACAACUCCUGAGAUAACUACAACCCCUGGGAUAACUACAGCUGAAACGCCACCGACAACUACAACCCCAGAUAUGAUAGGUCCACCCGAUGAAACCGACGGUGAGAUUAUCAUCCAAAUCGACCAGACAAGUGAAAAGGAAGAUUGUGAUAAUAGUUCAUCUACUUACGUUCAGAGCGUCGUUAUUGAGAACGAAUACGACAUGGCCAGUCUCAAGAACGCCCUUCACAGAUUACAGGAAAGUGAGAAAAGCCAUUGUGUCAUUGAGACGGUUUACUCUCAAAACGCCUCUAAUUCUGAUAAUUCAUCCUGGUACUUCAUGGACGAGCAUGAGAUUGUGUGGAUGGAGAAAGAGCAGGAAUACGAAACUGAUGUCCACAUUGGACACGGGCUUCUGCUGGUCCUGCCGGUUCUCGCAGCCGGGGACUCCGUCGUGUACAUCGUUCUCUUCAGGACAUUUGUUGACGAACCUGCCAGUCCCAUCGUACAGAUCUAUCAAACUUUUGAGGAUGAGAAUGCAUGUGGGUGUGUGGAUGGCAAAGGUGAGAACACUACUCAUAAUCAUGCAACGGAACUCAAACCACAGUGUUGGAGAUAUGGACCUGACAUCAAUGACGGACUAUAUCAUAAUGCUUGGGGCAGUGCCAGAUCACAGGCGCCAAUACAUGUCAAUGACGAUUGA